AUGUCCUGGGUCGAGGUUAGUCCCGGCCGCUGGGAGCGACCCUUUGGUAACAAUGAGAAGAUCCCGUUGGUAAUGAGCAAACUGGAAUUGGUCCCGGGUCGUGAGAACUGGUAUGAGUCGUCCAUCAGCAAAAUCUUGAUAAGAGAGUCAGUCGGUGAGCCUGAACAGGCUCUUCGCCAGGCAUGGAAGCAAGUGCGAUUUCAAUUUCCUGAGAUCGCAGCUUAUCCUUCGGGAGAUAAGUAUGUUUACGAGGUUCCACAGACAGAAGAAGAAGUGACGAAAUGGCUGUCUUCGACAUGUUCUACCGUCACGACGACAGCAGACGAGUUAUUGACUAGCUUGCCUCCGCUCAAUGUGAUGAGUGUUCACUGGAUUCCACACACCAGUGAAGUCGUGCUCACUUCGUCGCAUUUUCGUCUGGACGGGCGAGCAUUUAUGACCCUCAGUAAUUUCAUCUGCCACGCUCUUGCGCAGCCAAAACAAAUUGAUUUUGGGAACGAGGUAUCUAACCUCUCACCAAGCUUUGAGGUGCUUGCCAAAAUUCCUCAAGCUCCGUAUAGUCCCGAGAUCGAGACAGCUGCCACACAGCGACUUAUGGCGUGGGGUAGCUCUCUACCUCCAGUCAAGAUUGCGACAAGCUUCAGUGCCGGAGAGAAGGCGGCGGUCUCUCGGAGACUGACCAGUGUCUACAGCAUUGAGGAGACGUCUUCCAUGGUGAAGGCAUGCAAGAGCAAUAACUUGUCGGUGGCCGUCGCCCUGACUGCCGGCCUUGUUAGUGCUUGCUGUGAACUGGCUGAGCCAGCACCCGUUGAUGAGAGUCGGUACUUUAUGGCCAUAUGUGCCUUUGAUCUCCGAAAGUACAAUAGUAGCCCUACCACGUCUACUGCAACUAUCUCAUCCACUGGGAAUGUUUAUCCAAUUACAGUCACAGACGGCUCCUUUGAUUCCCAUGCUGCUCAAUUCAAGGAGAUUUUCCAGAGGGGAUUUGAUCCCUAUAUUGAAUCCAUGAGCUGUUUUCAGGAAAUGAUGAUGAAUCUUGUCAACCAGAACCUCCCACAUGAUUCUCCGCUCAACUGGCAUCCCGUCCUUAGCUCAUUGGGGAAAGCAGACAACAUCAUGGAAAGCCAAUUUUUUAAUGAACGAGGGGAAGUUGCAGUCGAGCUGGAAGACUUUUGGGUCGGAAUGGAGAUUCAUCAGUGUCAGCCACAGUUGUUUGUUUGGACUUUGCAUGGCCAGCUGACCAUGACAGCAUGCUACAACGAAGCCUAUUGGUCACCAGAGGGUAUUCAGCAACUGUUGGAUAAAAUCAAACAACAUGUCCAACAAGGGCUGAAUUUGGAUUCCUAG